AUGGCUACAGCAUCAUCAUCAUCAUCGGUGACCAACAAACCGACCCUACUACUUGUACAGGGCUCAUUCCAACUUCCUCUGGUCUAUGAGACUCUCAUAAAGGGUCUGGAAGCGGAAGGAUACCCAACUGUUCAUCCUCAACUUCCUAGUUGCAAUCCAGGCGAUGCAGACUUUCCUACGCGUACAUUGGCUGACGACUCGCGCGCCGUGACUGAAGCGCUCCAAUCCCUGAUAGAAAAGGAUGGGAAAUACGUGGUUGUCAUUAUGCAUUCGUACGGUGGCCUGGUUGGAAGCGAUGCCGUCCCCAAGGAACUCAGCUACGAGAGCCGUAAACAAGCAGGUGCACCAGGUGGUGUGAUUCAUCUAUUUUAUUUCGCUGCAUUUGUACUGUCCCCAGGACAAUCUGUGUUGAAAGCCUUUGGCGAAUCACCUAAUAAUGACGUUCGGGAUGACGGCACCUUUACCAUCAAGAACGGUGCAGAGAUACUGUACAAUGACCUUCCUGCAGAGGAAGCGGCCCUGUGGGAGUCACGGUUGAUUCCACAGUCAUACAAAGUCCAGGAAACCCCUCUUUCCCGGGCAGCUUACGAAUACAUUCCCUCGACUUAUUUGAUAUGUGAAAAUGAUAAAGCUGCUCCGACUAACUUCCAAGAGAUAUUUGCACGCGCUGCAAAUGCGGAAAUUGAUCGAUGCAACGCCGGUCAUUCCCCCAUGCUGAGCCAACCGGCCAUGCUAGUGAAGAAAAUCACUGUCCUAGCUGACAAAGUUACUCCAAAGUGA